UAUUUCUACCUUUGAAUUUGCAAAAGUACUCGGUUGUUCUUCCGCGAGACUGGAAGCCGCCAUUGUUCAUUUCCAGCUCAGCUCUCUUCAUCUUCUUCGUUUCAAUUCCAACACUUUCUCGUUUCCUUUCCCAUUUCACUUCCCUUCCACCGCCAGAUCCGCCUGCUAUAGAUUAUUACCUUUUCAAUGUCCUGGAAAAGUAGUUUUUCAGUGCUAUUCGAAAUGCACUGAGUGUUCAGUAGCCGAAGUCGUUUGACGAUUUCUAUUUCGCGGUCUGCCUCCAGUUAAUUCAUUUGGUGGCAGACUAGGGUUUCUGUCAAUCUUCUCAUUGUUAUUGAGAUCAGGCUUCUGGAGCAGCAACAGGAUGGGGGAAGUGGUUCCUAUCUACUAUAGUAUUAUUGCGUUUUUUUGCACCGUUGGAGCCAUUGCUCUGGCGAUCUUUCAUAUUUACCGGCAUCUUUUGAACUAUACGGAACCUACUUAUCAGAGAUACAUCGUGCGGAUCAUCUUUAUGGUCCCGGUUUAUGCGCUGAUGUCCUUCUUGUCUCUUGUUUUCCCUUCGAGUUCCAUCUAUUUUAAUUCCAUUCGAGAAGUCUAUGAAGCUUGGGUCAUUUACAAUUUUUUGUCAUUGUGUCUGGCAUGGGUUGGUGGCCCUGGAGCUGUUGUAAUAAGUUUAAGUGGUCGUGUAUUGAAGCCAUCGUGUUUCUUGAUGACAUGUUGCCUUCCUCCAUUACCACUAGAUGGGCGUUUUAUACGGAGGUGCAAGCAAGGCUGUUUGCAAUUUGUGAUUCUGAAGCCUAUAUUAGUUGCUGUAACACUUAUUUUAUAUGCAAAGGGCAAUUAUGAAGAUGGAAAUUUCAGUCCAAAACAGUCAUACCUUUAUCUCACCAUUAUCUAUACCAUCUCCUACACAAUGGCUCUUUAUGCUUUGGCAUUGUUUUAUGUGGCAUGCAAAGAUUUACUUCAACCAUUUAACCCGGUCCCAAAGUUCAUCAUCAUUAAAUCUGUUGUCUUCUUGACUUACUGGCAGGGUGUCCUUGUGUUUCUUGCCGCAAAAACUCAAUUCAUCAAGAGUGCAGAGGAAGCUGCUCAGUUUCAAGAUUUCAUUAUAUGCAUUGAGAUGCUUAUAGCUGCUUUGGGUCAUCUAUAUGCAUUCCCAUACAAGGAAUAUGCAGGAGCUAACAUUGGUGGUUCGCGUGGUCUCACGGGAAGUCUUGCACACGCUGUAAAAUUGAAUGACUUUUACCACGACACGGUCCACCAGUUUGCACCAACUUAUCAUGAUUAUGUUCUUUAUAAUCAUAGCGAUGGCGAUGAAGGAACGAGGAAGUAUCGAUCACGCACCUUUGUGCCUACAGGUCCCGAGAUGGACACCGUUAGAAGAAACAAACACAUGUUUGGAAACAAGCUAGAUGACAUUCAGCUUUCCACGAUCUCGUCUUCAAGUUCAAGUACUCCAAAGAAUUCAGAAAUCCUCGAACCAGUACAUUCUGAUGUAAUGAAAUCUUCUCUUCUUAUGGAUACCUCAAACUCUUUAUCCACACCAUACGACAUGUCGCUUAUUGACUUGGAUAUUUCGAGUUACCCCUCGAAAGUUGCUGCAGCAGAUGAAACAGGUACGAGGUGACGAGAAUAGUUGACAGGUAGGAGAGAAAAGAGAAGGAAAAACGAUGUUGCGAGAAGAGAAUACGCAAAGAAAGAGAGGUACAAAUAGAGAUUUUAGGGUGUGUGACCUUUCAUUUCUCUCACGUGCACAUUUGGUAUUGCGGCAUAACAAAAAAAUUGUGUACAAUGGCGUGUUUCUCCCUUUCCCAAGUCCUUGGUGCUGUAUAUACAUGAUUCUGAUUUGUUAUCAAUUAGGAUUUGAGACACAAGCAUGCAUAUAAAUUCAUUUAAAUUAUUAUACUCUAACUGCUACAUUUUUAGGAAAUCGAUCAUAACUCAAUUGACAUAUGAGUGUGUUAAUAACCACGUGGUCUAUGGUUUGAAUUCCCUUACCCUCAAUUGUAUUAAAAAAAAGAACCGACUGGAAUUGUGUGUAUGCUCAUGUGUUUUUUCCUCUUC